AUGAACAGUGAUUGUAGAUUCAUAAUUCAGGUGUGGGGUUACGACGAAAAACAACCACAACUUGUUGAGCAUAUUAUUAAGCGAAUGAUAGGCUUCAAACCGGAUCCUCUCCGUUUUGAUGCCUUAUUUGACGAAGUAAAGCGUUGGCUUAAGAACUCUGCGCUCGCGGAUCCUAUUUCGCUAUCAGAUUACUAUAUUCCUGCAGCUACUAAAAGAUCGGUGCUGGACCAACAAGCAGCUGCUCGUCGUAUGCGAAGGAAAGUGUAUUUCUCUGGAAUUCCGGAAGUUGUUGCACUAAGUCCCAUGAUACGGUUGAACUGA